CGAUGGACGACGCCUUCGCAAGGUUCGCUAACGAACCUGGCACUUGCAUGCACCGUGUAAAGCCAGAGUUCGACAGUUCCCUUGCACUCAGAUCACCUGACCGUGUGCCUCUACAAAUACCCCCAACCACCCCGUGCGUCUCUUCCACCCAAGCUCCAAUCACACAGAAAAAAAGUUUACAACUUACGAGCCGCAGCAUCCAGUAGUUAUUCAGUGUGAGUGAUCGGCCAUCCGGACAUGGCGAGUUCUCGUGGUGGCGUGGCACGGCUCCUGUGCCUGGCCAUGGCGGCAGCCGCGGCGAGCGCGGCCCAGUUCCGGGUCGGCGAGCAGCGAGGCUGGAGCGUGCCCGACGGCGGCGCCGAGCCUUACAACUCCUGGGCCGGCAGGAUGCGCUUCGUGAUCGGCGACCAGCUCCUGUUCGUGUACCCGAAGGGGUCGGACUCGGUGCUUGUGGUGGACGCGGGCGCGUACGGGUCCUGCAACACGACGGCGUACACCGCCAAGUUCGAGGACGGGAACACGGUGGUGACGCUCGACCGGUCCGGGCCGUUCUACUUCAUCAGCGGCAACGAGGCUGGUUGCAAGGCCAACCAGAAGCUCGAGGUCGUCGUCCUCGCCGCCGCCCACACCCCGCCGCCCGCCCCCGUCUCGCCGUCCCCUUCGUCCAUGCCGCCGUCUCCCGCGUCGCCUCCUUCUUCCAUGACGCCGCCCAUGGCGAGCCCGCCGUCGCCGGGUCCUUCUUCCAUGACGCCGCCCAUGGCGAGCCCGCCGUCGCCGGGUCCUUCUUCGGCUCCGCCCAUGCCGGCUCCUGCAGCCGGCCCGGGGGCGUCCGCGCCAGCUCCGUCUCCGACGGGCGCGGCGGCUCCGGCGGACUCGCCGCCGGCGCCGGGGUCGCCGUCGUCGUCGUCUUCGCCGGACGGCCCUGGAGGCCCGGCAAGCCCGCCUGGGGGUUCGCAGGGAGCGGGGUCGACGCCGGGCAGCGGGGCGGCUUCCGUGACGGCGGGGAUUCUCGGCGCGUUGGCGGCGGGAGUUGGCUACGCGAUGCUUGCCGUCUGAGUGGAGUGGAUCUGUUUUGUCACUGUGUAGUGGUGAUUAUUGUGCAGAGGGUUUAUUACCUUUGUGUGGUGUAUUUGUCUUGCAUUGGGUGGAAUAAUAAUUAUGAGACACGUUCGUGAUUGUAUAUCUAUGUAGACGAACUUGGGAGUAUUUUCUGCGGGAA